AUGGCCUGGCUCACCCGCGCCCUCUUCCUCCUCUCCCUCCUGUCCCACCUCCAGCUCCUCACCCUCGCCAAAACCUCUGACAAAAAACCCGCUGCCGCCGCUCCCAUCGCCGGUGCCGGCCCCAAAGAAGACCUCGCCUACGAAGAAAUCGACAAAUUCCAAAUUGUCUACGCCUCCAACGCCACUUUCCCCAACAGUAUCCCGCCCACCGACGGCUGGUGGUCCUCCCCCCACUGCCUCCAAUCGACCUACUGCAUCUACAUCAACCCCACCCUCUCUCACAACCGCGGCAUCGUGUUACUCACCAAACCCACCGACUUCCAAAAGAUCUCACGCCUCGACCACCACCUCUCCGCCGCCACCGACCGCAUCGAAGCCCUCACCCCCGAUGGCUCCGCUCCCUUCGAGGAGAGUUACAUCCUUUCCAAAGGUCCCGGACUCACCGCUACUAUGCAACUGAGACGGGGUAAACCACUAGCUUUAGCGGCGCCAGUGUUGCUGGUUCACAAGGACUUUUUCGGUGAUAUCUGGCGGAGGUCGGAGCGGAAUAAACUCCUUGAGCAAGCAGUCUCCUUCCUCCCGCCUGCGACUCGGGAAAGGUUUGAUCGUCAACGCACCCUCUCCCUUGGCCCCAGUCCGGACGGGAAGGAUGGGAAGGGAACGAAGAGGUCGAUUGAGCAAAUCCUCCUCGCCUCCCCCUUUGAAAUCGAUCUCGGCUCUAACAGCUACACCCCCCUCGGCGCCGGCGGGCAAGAAUCGCAAGCAGAUCACUCAAAGCAUUACGUCAACUACCCUUCCCUGUCCCUCUUCACGCAUUCGUGCCGGCCUAACAUCGCUUUCCACAUCGACGGUAACUUGGCGCUGAAGACGACCGUUGCGAGGAAGGUUAGCCCGGGGGAGGAGUUGAGCGUUGCUUAUGUUGAUCCGAUGAAGCCGAGGAAGGAGAGGCAGGAGUGGGUUGGGAAAUACCGUCCCUCCUCUGGAUCGGGAUCGGGAUCGGGAGAAGAAUCGGGAGGAGGAGGAGGGGGGUGUCCGUGUCCUGCUUGCUCUGGCCAUUACCCCUCUGUUCUAUCGAAGCAGCAUGGGCAUCCACAUACUUCUUCACCUGCCGAAGAGCUGGCCAAAUCUGACGCUCGACUCACUGAGUUGGAGAGUAUCCGGUCUGAGUUGCGCAACCACGAGUCCCGUAAGGUGACGCCGGAGAUGAUCGAGAAAUUCAUCAAGUUGCAUGUGGAAGAAGGGCUGGAGAGCAAGAUGGCGGAGGCGUACGAGUUGGCGGCGACGAACUAUAAUUAUCUUGGAGAGGAUAGGAAGGCGAAGAAGUAUGCGGACUUGGCGGUGCAGGCGGCGAGGAUUGAGUACGGACGGGAUGCGAACGAUGUGAUUACUAUGAGGAUCAUGGCGGGGGAUGUGAGGGGGCAUUGGAGCUAUCAGUAUAAGGUU